UGUCUUAUUGUGUGGGGCUUGACAGUUGUGUGUGUGUGUAACUGUUCAGCGGAGCCGAAGCGUCCGGUGCGGUGCGGUCCGGUCCGGUCCGGUGUCCUCUCCCUGAGACCGACAUGUGAGACACAGACUCCGCAGACAUGGAGGACGACCUGGUGUCGGAGGGCGACAUCUUACUGUGCUCAGAGAAGGAGUUCCAUGAUGCUGUGAAGAUGAACGACACAGGGAAAAUGCAGGAGCUGAUCAAGAAGGGCGUGAACGUCAAGGCCAAAAAUAAAGUAGACCGGAAAGCCCUGCACUGGGCGGCAGGAGCUGGAACUGAACAGGCUUUACGCCUCCUACUGGACCAUGACACUGACGUUGACGAGAGGGACAUUUUUGGCAUGAAUGCACUGCUCCUGGCAUCCUGGUUCGGCCACCUGAAGAUCCUGCAGGUCCUGGUGUCCUGCGGAGCAAAGUUCAACUGUGAAAACAAAGAUGGUCUGAGCAUGCUGCACUGUGCUGCUCAGCGAGGCCACACCAGGGUGUUGGAGUUUAUCAUGGAGGACCUGGAAGAUGUCCGUCUGGACAGAGUUGACAAGUCAGGGAAGACAGCUCUUCACUUGGCUGCCGAACAUGGACAACUUGAAGUGGUGGAGUAUCUGAUUGGAAUGGGUUGCUCGCACGGUUUGAAGGACAAGGAAGAGAACACGGCCAUGCACCUGGCAGCGAGGCCUGGCCACACAGAGGUCCUGCAGAGGGUUGUCGAGACAGGAGCGGGCAUCGAUGAGAGGAACAUAGACGGCCUCACAGCUCUGCACGUUGCGGCGGACGGGGGUCACUACGAAUGUGUCAAAUUGCUCCUGGAGUCCGGCUGUAAUGUAAACUCACUAACUCAUAAGAAUAUGAGCGGCCUCCAUUUCGUGGCUCGGCGUGGCUUUGACAGAGAGGCGGGCCUACUCCUGGAGGCAGGAGUUGAUAUCAACGCAGUCGACAAUCAACAGAACACACCACUGCACAUGGCUGUGUUGAACAACCACUCCCAGGUCGUGCGGCUGCUCAUAGAUGCUGAUUGUGACCUGGACAUGACGGACUGUAAAGGCUACCGUGCAGUGUCAUCAGCUAACAGAUUCUGGUCGCGUGGUUCACAGCGACAGCAGACGGCUUUACACAUAGCAGCAGAGCACGGCUGGCAGGACCUGGCUGAGAUGAUGCUGAUCUCAGGUGUCAACCUCACUAUGACCGAUAAGCAGGGGAAGACGUGCCUGGAGGUGGCGGCCAGAGGAAACCACGUCAUCCUGGUCGACAUGAUCAUCAAAGCUGACCGUUUUUAUAAAUGGGAGAAGGAUCACAUGGGCAGUGACCAGGACCCCUGGGUGGGCAGGCCGCUGAGCUUCAAGCAGGACCACCAGCCCGAGACGCAGCACCUCCGCUCGGUCGUGUGGAGCCUGGCCACCAGGUCCCUCUGCCGUGGGGAGUGGAAGCUCCUGGCUCAGCACUGGGACUUCAGCGACGCACACAUAAGAGCCAUCGAGCAGCAGUGGACGGGGAUGAAAAGCUUCAAGGAGCACGGUCACCGCAUGCUGUUGAUCUGGCUCCACGGGGUCGGGGUGGCGGGGGAGAACCCGACCAAGGGCCUCUACGAGGGGCUGGUGGAGAUCGGUCGCACAGACCUGGCAGAGUGUGUCCGGCAGAAGGCGAACGCGGAGAGCAGCUCACCCAGAGUGUGCUCCGCAAUGUGACCGGCAACAGCUCGCCAUCACUCCAAAAUCCCCCUCGAGCGCAGCCAGUGGAGUAUGAUCUGUUGACAUAUUCACGCUAUGAAUACACUGGAUCCAGAGGACGCCGUGUCCGCUCCACGGAUGCAAGCGGGUGUACAGCAACACCAGCACCCUGCAGAGUCACGUCAAGGAGCACGAGAUCCCCGCGCAGUCUGUUCCCGGGAAGGUCCUGCUCUGCUCCUCCGUCG